AUGGCAGUUGCCGGAGAAAUUGGGGUAUCAGAAUUCCUUCAGGGUACAUGCAGACAGACAUUGUUUUUGGUGAAGAAGCCUCAGAAACACAGAAGUCAAUUGCUUUGGGGUACUCUUUGUAAUAGGGGUCGUGUUCCGAGCUCAUCUCGAAAAUCAUUGCGUUUGAGAUGUCAAGCUCAAGAGAAUCCUAGAGUUGUGGUUUCUGGGAGUGGUGAGAGUUCGGUAGGAGAACAGUUUGGUUUGGUUGAGAAGCCUUCUGCUGAGGUUGUUCAUUUGUUUCGUGUGCCGUUUAUCCAAGAAAGUGCAGCUUCCGAGCUUCUAAGGGAAGCUCAAGCGAAAAUCUCUAGUCAGAUAGUGGACUUGAAGACAGAACAAUGCUUUAAUGUUGGCCUUGGGGCGCAGCUUUCGAGUGGCAAGCUUUCGGUACUUAAAUGGCUUCUUUCGGAAACAUUUGAGCCUGAGAAUUUGGGAACUGAGAGCUUUCUUGAGAAGAAGAGGAAGGAGGGUUUGGAGAGAGUUAUAGUAGAGGUUGGGCCUAGGUUAUCUUUUACCACGGCAUGGUCUGCGAAUGCUGUGUCAAUUUGCCAAGCGUGUGGUUUGACGGAAGUGAACCGUUUGGAACGAUCGAGGAGGUAUUUGUUGUACACGGAUGGUGAAUUACAAGAACAUCAAAUUAAUGAAUUUGCAGCUAUGGUGCAUGAUAGGAUGACUGAAUCUGUUUAUACUCAGAAGCUAACUUCCUUUGACACCAGUGUAGUUCCGGAGGAAUUUUUUUAUAUACCUGUCAUGGAGAAGGGGAGGAAAGCGUUGGAAGAGAUUAAUCUGGAGAUGGGUUUUGCUUUUGAUGACCAGGAUUUGGAAUACUACACCAAACUUUUCAGAGACGACAUUAAGCGUAAUCCAACUAAUGUGGAGUUGUUUGAUAUUGCUCAGUCUAACAGUGAACAUAGCAGGCACUGGUUUUUUACUGGAAAGAUUUUUAUUGACGGAAAGCCUAUGAAUAAGACUCUUAUGCAAAUUGUGAAAAGUACUUUAAAGGCGAAUCCAAAUAACUCAGUUAUUGGCUUUAAGGAUAAUUCAAGUGCAAUUAGGGGUUUCCAAGUGAAGCCGCUACGACCAGUUCAGCCUGGUUCAACAAGUCCGUUAGACUUGACAGAACGCGACCUGGAUAUCUUAUUUACGGCUGAAACACAUAACUUUCCUUGUGCAGUGGCACCUUAUCCUGGUGCAGAGACAGGUGCUGGAGGUCGCAUUAGAGAUACGCAUGCAACAGGAAGAGGUUCGUUUGUUCAAGCAGCUACAGCUGGUUAUUGUCUUGGAAAUCUCAACACAGCAGGGAUAUAUGCUCCAUGGGAAGAUCCGUCUUUUACUUAUCCGUCAAAUUUGGCCCCACCUUUGCAGAUUCUUAUAGAUGCAAGUAAUGGUGCAUCCGACUAUGGGAACAAAUUUGGAGAGCCAUUGAUCCAAGGCUUCUGUAGAACUUUUGGAAUGAGACUUCCUAGUGGAGAUAGGCGAGAAUGGUUGAAGCCGAUCAUGUUUAGUGCAGGCAUUGGGCAGAUUGACCACCUUCAUAUAGCAAAAGGAGAGCCUGAGAUUGGAAUGCUGGUUGUUAAAAUUGGAGGCCCCGCUUAUCGUAUUGGGAUGGGAGGCGGGGCAGCCUCAAGUAUGGUUAGUGGGCAGAAUGACGCAGAGCUUGAUUUUAAUGCUGUGCAACGUGGGGAUGCUGAGAUGUCACAGAAACUGUAUCGUCUUGUUCGUGCUUGUAUUGAGUUGGGGGAUAAAAAUCCAAUUGUGAGUAUUCAUGAUCAAGGUGCUGGUGGGAACUGUAAUGUUGUGAAGGAAAUUAUAUAUCCAAAGGGUGCUGAGAUUGAUAUCCGAGCAAUUGUUGUUGGUGAUCAUACAAUGUCUGUUCUAGAGAUUUGGGGUGCAGAGUAUCAGGAGCAAGAUGCAAUCUUGGUGAAGCCAGAAAGUCACGGGCUCUUAAAAUCAAUUUGUAAAAGGGAAAGGGUUUCAAUGGCUGUGAUUGGAACUAUUAGUGGUGAUGGUCGAGUUGUGUUAGUUGAUAGUUUAGCAACCCAGAAGUGUCUCUCAAAUGGACUCCCUCCCCCUCCCCCUGCCGUGGAUCUUGAACUUGAGAAGGUCCUUGGUGACAUGCCACAGAAAUCUUUUGAGUUUAAUCGAAUUGUUUAUGAGCGGGAGCCACUUGAUAUUGCCCCUGGGAUCACAGUAAUAAGUUCUCUAAAAAGGGUACUUAGUUUGCCAUCUGUAUGUUCAAAACGCUUCUUAACAACAAAAGUUGAUAGGUGUGUUACCGGUCUAGUGGCACAACAGCAAACUGUAGGCCCUUUACAGAUUCCUCUUGCUGAUGUCGCUGUUACUGCUCAGACUUUUACUGACAUAACUGGAGGUGCAUGUGCCAUUGGGGAACAACCAAUCAAAGGUCUGUUAGAUCCAAAGGCCAUGGCUCGGUUAGCUGUUGGAGAAGCGCUCACCAAUCUUGUAUGGGCUAAGGUGACUUCACUUUCUGAUGUCAAAGCAAGUGGCAAUUGGAUGUACGCUGCCAAGCUUGAUGGAGAAGGAGCAGCCAUGUAUGAUGCUGCGAUAUCUUUGUCAGAAGCAAUGAUUGAACUUGGUAUUGCUAUUGAUGGAGGAAAAGACAGCCUUUCAAUGGCAGCUCAUUCUGGAAGUGAAGUUGUCAGGGCUCCUGGAAAUCUUGUAAUCAGUGUUUAUGUUACGUGUCCUGAUAUUACAAAAACAGUGACUCCAGAUUUAAAACUUGAAGAUGAAGGUAUUUUGCUUCAUAUUGAUUUGUCAAAGGGAAAGCGGCGAUUAGGUGGAUCUGCUCUUGCCCAAGCAUUUGACCAAGUUGGAAACGAGUGUCCUGAUCUUGAUGAUAUUCCUUACCUUAAAAAGGUCUUUGAAGGUGUUCAAGAGCUUCUUACAGAGGAACUGAUCUCUGCCGGUCACGAUAUCAGUGAUGGUGGGCUACUAGUUUGUGCGUUAGAGAUGGCAUUUGCCGGUAAUCGUGGAGUUGUUUUGGACUUGAAUUCCCAAGGUAACAGCCUUUUCCAAACACUGUAUGCUGAAGAGCUUGGGUUAGUUAUUGAGGUCAGCAAGAAAAAUUUGGGUAUUGUGAUUGAUAAAUUGAACCGCUUUGGAGUUUAUGCUGAAACCAUUGGUCAAGUAACUGCCGCUCCAUCGAUCGAAGUUAAGGUUGAUGGGGUGACUUGUUUAGAAGAAAAAACUAGUAUUCUUAGGGACAUGUGGGAAGAUACUAGUUUUCAGCUGGAAAAAUUCCAAAGAUUGGCUUCUUGUGUGGAUAUGGAGAGAGAAGGACUUAAACAUCGAUAUGAGCCUUCAUGGGAACUGACCUAUACUCCUGCCUUCACCGAUGAUAAGUAUAUGUCUGCUGCUUUAAAACCUAAAGUAGCUGUGAUAAGAGAAGAAGGGAGCAAUGGAGACAGAGAAAUGGCUGCAGCGUUUCAUGCUGCCGGUUUUGAACCAUGGGAUGUCACUAUGUCAGACCUUCUUAAUGGUGUUAUCUCUUUGCAAGAGUUUCGUGGUAUUGUGUUUGUUGGUGGAUUUAGCUAUGCCGAUGUGCUUGAUUCCGCAAAAGGUUGGUCUGCUUCCAUAAGAUUCAACGAGCCCGUUUUAAAACAGUUUCAAGACUUUUACAAGCGUCCCGACACUUUCAGUCUAGGUGUAUGCAAUGGUUGUCAGCUUAUGGCUUUGUUGGGAUGGAUACCGGGACCUCAAGUUGGGGGUACACUAGGUGCUGGCGGCGACCUAUCGCAGCCUAGGUUCAUCCACAAUGAGUCUGGGCGGUUCGAAUGCCGCUUUACAAACGUGACAAUAAAGGACUCGCCAGCUAUGAUGUUCAAAGGCAUGGCCGGUAGUACAAUGGGGAUAUGGGCUGCUCAUGGCGAGGGAAGAGCUUAUUUCCCAGACGAAGGUGUUUUGGAGCGCAUUGUUCAUUCAGAGUUAGCUCCUAUAAGAUAUUGUGACGAUGAUGGUAAUCCAACAGAGACAUAUCCUUUCAAUGUAAAUGGCUCUCCUUUAGGAGUAGCAGCUAUUUGUUCUCCUGACGGUCGUCAUCUUGCAAUGAUGCCUCAUCCGGAGCGUUGCUUCUUAAUGUGGCAAUAUCCAUGGUAUCCAAAGCAGUGGAAUGUUGACAAGAAGGGACCUAGUCCUUGGUUGCGCAUGUUCCAGAAUGCUCGAGAUUGGUGUUCCUGA